CGUGUUAGGAGCGCGUACAGUAAAGAACUCGACAUGAUCUCCAUAAACCGCGUGUUUUUGUGAGUUCUGACGUGUAAAGUGUAAAUGCUGGUCGUUGACAGGUGUCGAUGAGACUAAGCGAUGCCUUUAAUCCCCGCGAACCAGCCUCAGGUGAUCCGCAGCUGUCAGAAAGAUGAGUUUUACCACAGUAAUCUCAGUAACCAAUCCAACGAGCUCGUCCACGCGUGCGCUGGUUCCAGACGCUGGCUUCAGUGGAAGAAAGAGAUUGAAUUGCUGUCUGAUCUGACCUACUAUGUCCUCACAACAUUAUCUGGAUAUCAGACUCUGGGUGAGGAGUAUGUCAACAUCAUACAGGUGGACCCCAGUCAGAGGAGAAUCCCCUCCAGAGGACGCCGGACGGCACUUGUCCUCUUUCACGCGUUCGUGCCGUAUGUCCUGGACAAGAUCUUCAUCUGUGUGGAGAACGAGCUGGAGACGGAGGCGCGAGAGGUGAGCAGAACCUGGAGCCCGGCGUCACACCUCAGGUUCUGGAUUCACAGAGUGGUGGGGAUGUUGACUGAAGCUCAGAGGAAGUCUUUGCUCCCGCUGGUGUUUGCCCUGCAGCAGGGAAUCACUCUCUUCUACCGUCUCCAUGUGGCUCUCUUCUACAUCACUGGAACCUUUUAUCACAUCAGUAAAAGAGCUGCGGGUGUGCAAUACGUGAGGGUGAGAAGUGCGUACGAGGACGAGCCGAGGAUCAGGAAGAGUUAUGGUGUGCUGGGGGCGCUCUCUCUCCUGCAGCUGGUCAUCACUCUCACACUACAGCUGAAGAACCUGCGACAGAGACAGAGAGCUCGACACCAGUGGACACAACACAGGAACCUGCUUCCCAGUGGUCAGGCGAGCGAGACGGUGUGUCGCUCCUCUCGCUGUAUCUUGUGUUUGGAGGAGCGCAGGCACUCGACGUGUACCCCGUGUGGUCAUGUGUUCUGUUGGGAGUGCAUCACUGAGUGGUGUAACACAAAGACUGAAUGUCCUCUGUGUCGAGAGAAGUUUCAGCCUCACAGGCUGGUGUACCUGAGAUGCUACCAGUAAAUCCAGACUCCCCAUCCGUGUGUAAAACAUUGCAUUUAAAUUAAAAGUCACAUGCUGGAUAUUUUGUACAGAAUUUGUGAAGAUAACUGUGAUUGUAAAUUUCAUUGUAAUAGUACUUACAGUAAAUGACUUGUAAAUGAAUAAAAUGAGAAUGUAAUAUUUACAGAA